UUUGCAAGGAUGCUUAAUGUAAGUCUGGUGAAGGGUUUGUGCGCAGAGGAAAUAGUUCACGCGAGGUUUCAGAAUAAAAGCAAUUGACUUUAUAUUUUCAAAUAGCAUGCGAAACCGCCCACUGUUUUUUUUUCUUUUGUUUUUUUUUCCCUCCCAAAACCGGAUAUCAGUUCUCAUCCAUUCUGCUGCAAACAUUCUAGUCGCUACAUGGCUUGUUUUUCAUACACGCGGAACGCACUCGUGUGGGUGAGCAAACUCAGCACCGCGACAUUGCAGAUGCACGAGGGGACGUAAUGUGACAUUUCCACGGUUUGUCACGAGUGCUCGUGGCACCACCCCGCGAAUAUGCAGGGAUGCGGAGGUUAAGGAGGUUGAGAAGAUGAAAUGUCGAUUUAGGCAUCCGGAGUGCCUCUGCGCCACCCUCCCGAGCCGCUGCCCUUUUUGAAGCAUCCUUCCAUCCCCGACUUGAUGCCGCGCAUGCCGGCACUGGUCUUGCACGAUGGGGACUAGUUUCUCCAACCUGGCAGCCUUCCAGUCCCUGCACAUUGUUAUGCUAGGCUUGGACUCUGCGGGUAAAACCACCGUGCUCUACCGGCUCCGGUUCAACGAGUUCGUCAACACGGUGCCCACCAUCGGCUUCAACACAGAGAGGAUCCGGCUGGGCGGUGCGGGCACCUCCAGGGGCAUCAGCUGCCACUUCUGGGACGUCGGUGGCCAAGAGAAGCUGCGGCCCCUGUGGAAGCCCUACAGCCGCUGCACGGACGGCAUCGUGUACGUGGUGGAUUCUGUGGACGCCGAGAGGCUGGAGGAGGCCCGGGCCGAGCUGCACAAGAUCACCCGCUUCUCCGAGAACCACGGGACUCCGCUGUUGGUCAUCGCCAACAAGCAGGACCUGCCGCGAGCCCUGGACGUGGCGGACAUCGAGCGGCAGCUGGCCCUGUCCGACCUGAGCCCGUCCACGCCGUACCACGUUCAGCCCGCCUGCGCCAUCAUCGGCGAGGGGCUGCACGAGGGCAUGGACAAGUUGCACGAAAUGAUCGUCAAGAGGAGGAAAUCACUCAAGCAGAAGAAGAAGAGGCAAUGAGGGAAGCGGAAGCGAUAAUUUUCAUCUUACAUGACAGCAUGGGACACGUUGCGAGUCUCUGGAACCCAUUUCACAAUCUCCCAUUGAAAUGACAUACAUACGCACGGGCAAUCAUAGCCAAUCAUAGCCACCUGAAAUCUACAAGAUGAAUGAUGACUACAAGUUUCUGUCCCCGUGGUGACAUCACCACCUUGUCAUCCAUCGUGCAUGUCAGAAGAGACCAUCCCCGCACCUGGAGUCCAGGAAGACAAGAUGAUGUCAAGGUCAUGAAGCCUUUAAACAAAACAAUCACUCAUGUGGAAUCCCCAAAAGGAGUGAAUGGAAGCAGGCCCGAAUGCCUUUGAACUUGCUACUUGAAUGACUGUUAUUGUAGCAUCUUACGAAAGCUGAUUUUGAAGUGCCACACUUUCAAACAAUGAGACUUUUGCACAUUUGCUGGAGGAACCGUCGUUCAAUUCCACCUCAUCUCUUCUCAGUGUAACCACCAAGUAGCAGAAGAUGCUGCAUGCGAGCAAAAGAUGCACGAUGGCUGAAGAUGUUGUGCCAAAUACAUUUUUGUCUUCUGUUCAUCAUUGCAGCUUGAGCAAAGUUUUACACCAAGGCUGUCCAAACUGGGGUACUAACAACAUUUCUCUUUACAAUGGUGAAUAAAGAAGUAAAAAUGCUUUGCUCCACGCUCUGCAAUGUGUCAAGGUUCAAUUUGAGAACAUAUCAAAUUAUGGUGCUCAAGUAACUGCUUUAAAAAUUUUCAGCUUAAUACAGACUGCUCUUUUUAACAAUAGCAUAUGAACAAUAAAAACAUGGUUGAUGGA